AUGGGUUCGUCUGAUCUUUUAGUGAAAAAUUCAGGUAAGAAUAUGAAUAACAAUGGUGAUAUAAAUAUAGAAAACACUUCAACAAAAUUAUCAAAAAAUGUUCAAAGACUCGCUUUGCAUAAUGUCACAAAUAAAACAUUACAACAAGAAAAUGUCUCAAAUCAUAAUUUGAAAGCAACUUUACUUAAUACAAAAAAUAGUCUUGUAACAGUACCUUCCUCAAAUGCUAGGAUACUUACUCGUGCCAAUAUUCAAGAAAAUCCAACUCUUCUAUCAAAACAGAAAUAUGAUAUAACUAACAAUAAUACCAUUUCUAAUGACCAUUUAAUUACUAAUGACCAAAAAAAUGCAUAUAUUGACGACAAAGAAAACCAAGUUCCUUAUCAAACAACAAACACUCUUCUAACCAACUCAUCCAACCAUAAUGAACAUAAUAACAAUAUAGAUUCUUCUAAUAAAGAAAAGAGUCAUUUUAUAAAUUCACAAGAGUUACAACAAAAGUCGUCCUCUACACAACAACCGUUAGAAGUUGAUGGAAGUAAAUAUGAUGAUAGAAAGAAAAGACCAAUCUCGACAGUAGUAGAACAUGAAGAACCCAAAAAAUUCAAAGUGUGUAAUGAAAAUGGGGAAGAAGAAUAUGUUUGGGAAGACUUGGAUGCAGAAGAUAUUAAUGACCCAUUUAUGGUUAGUGAGUAUGUUAAUGAUAUUUUCAAUUAUCUUCAUCAUUUGGAAGUAGUUACUUUGCCAAGGAAAGAAGAUCUUUUUAAACAUAGAAAUAUUAGACAAAACAGAGAUAUUUUAGUUAAUUGGCUGGUAAAAAUCCAUAAUAAGUUUGGGUUAUUACCAGAAACCUUAUACUUGGCAAUUAAUAUUAUGGAUCGUUUUCUUGGUAAAGAAUUAGUUCAGUUGGAUAAAUUACAAUUGGUAGGUACAUCCUGUCUGUUCAUUGCAUCUAAAUAUGAAGAAGUUUAUUCACCUAGUAUUAAGCAUUUUGCAUCAGAAACAGAUGGGGCAUGCACAGAAGAGGAGAUUAAAGAAGGCGAGAAGUUUAUUUUAAAAACUUUAGAAUUUAAUCUUAAUUAUCCAAAUCCAAUGAAUUUUCUAAGAAGAAUAUCAAAAGCUGACGACUACGAUAUACAGUCACGAACUCUAGCUAAAUUUCUUCUGGAAAUAUCUUUAGUGGACUUCAGGUUCAUUGGUAUUUUACCAUCCUUGUGUGCAGCAGCAGCUAUGUUUUUAUCUAGAAAAAUGCUGGGUAAAGGAAAAUGGGAUGGUAAUUUAAUACAUUACUCAGGUGGAUAUACGAAAACUCAACUGGCUCCCGUAUGCCAUAUGAUGAUGGAUUAUUUAACAAGUCCAAUAGUUCAUGAUGAAUUUCACAGAAAAUAUCAAUCGAGACGUUUCAUGAAAGCAUCAGUCAUAUCUGUGCAAUGGGCCUUAAAGGUAAGAAAGAAUGGUUACGAUAUUAUGACUUUACACGAGUAA